AACCACUGCAACAACAUUACAAGGCAACGGGACGACUACAGCAGCAACACCAACAGGAGGCAACUUCACAACCACUGCAACAACAUUACUAGGCAACGGGACUACUACAGCAGCAACACCACCAACGGGAGGCAACUUCACAACCACUACAACACCAUUAGCAAGAAAAAGAAAACGGAAAAGAAGCUUGAUACGUGUAGCUCGGGACGUUAGUGGAAAUGGGACACAAAGCAGUUCGAACACUAAUGUCAUAAAUACAACGGGCCUAUUUCAAGGAAUGGAAGUGUCAUGCGUGACAAAAACUGAAAUAAGAAACACCACGUGCUCUGUGACGCUGAAGCUGAGUCAGGCGGUGUCUUCAUGUUGUAUCCUCCGCACUCUCUGCGCAGCCACUAACACUUCAUCUGAUUUUUACGUGCUGGGGAAAAAGGCAGAUAGAGUGGGUCAGCUUCAAAAUGUGUGCAAUAACAGCAGCACAGUAGAAAACAGCUGCAUUUACACUGGUCAAGACAACGCAGCAUGUAAUGAGUCUGCAGCUGCAUAUGUGGUUCCACCAAGUAAUUCAACUAACUGCAGUGCAGGCAACAUCACCACGAGCAACUGCAACUGCUCCGACUACUGCAGUGGAUCAGAUGCAUACUACACUUUUAACAUUUCCAUACAAGAUCCCAAUAUAAACUAUUUAAAUGUCACCAACCUGCUGCGACAGCUUCUACCUUGCUCUCCAAGUGUAGAAAGUCCAUGUCCAGUGUCCAUUACUGCAUCUGAGUACAAGGACGCAAACGUGGCAUGUGCAAGCACGUCAACAAACCUUCAAAGCUGUAGCGUGAUUCUGGCCUUUGCCCCAAUUUGUGGAAAUUUACAAGCCAAUGUCAGCCUGCAGUCUGAGUUCACAUGGGUCAGCACGGACAUAAAGCCUGCAGAUUUCUGUGCUGCAGCAAAGUCUAGCAACCUCACUUGUCAAAAACAAAACAAUGUGGUUAUGCAGCUGCAGGACAGUUGUGAUCUUCAAAACGUGUCUACCACCACAACCAGCCCAAAUGUGACAACCGUGCAACCAAACAGCACUGCCACCAGCACCACCAACAACAGCACUGCCACUACCACCAGCUCUGCUAAUAGCACUACAAUUGCUGUAAAUGCAACUUCAAUGCCGCUGAAUACAACACAAGGAGUGAAUCUAACCACCACCACCAGUGCUGCUAAUGUCUCAGUGCCAGCAACAGUCAACACUACUACAACUACAGCUAUCACUACCGCUAAUAACUCAAGUACGGGUAACACAACUACAACCAAGUCUCCUACACUCACCGUUACUACAGCCACCACAAAUCCGAACACUUCUGUGACGACAACUGGAAGUACAACAACAAAUUCGUCAGCAGCUGAGGCCCAAGCCAACGCACUGCUUGACGAGACGAAAGACGUGUCCAAACUGAACUCCAGCCAGGUGAAUCAGCUGGUGUCUAAGCUGGAGGCUCUGUUAUCAGGCCCAAAUGUCAGCAUAGGGCUGGGGAACACAUCAGUCAACAUUGUCAGCAAUCUCCUGGGUGCUUCUCCAUCUGUGCUGUCACAGUCCUCCAACAGGAUAAUAGGGAUCGUUGAUACAGUGGGGCUCAAGCUGGUUGUUGGAGGGACGGCUCAGACCAUUUUGUCCCCGGCUGUUGCUCUGUCAGUGAAACCAGCAGAUGGCGCCAACUUUCAGAAAACAACUUUUUCCAUCUCAAGCCCCACCAAUGUGGAGGUCCGUGGGAAUCCCAGACUGAGAAGGAGCGUGACAACAAACUCCUCGAUCCCUCAGGGCUCCGUCACGCUGCCUGCCUCUCUCACUCAGAAUCUCACAUCUCAGGAACAGCAGCAAGUCUCCAGAGUUCAGUUCAAUUUCUACCAGAAGAGCACCGUAUUCCAGGACAAAUCCCUGGGAGUACGCAGGCUUAACAGCGGGAUCCUAGGAGCAAGUGUCGCCAACCUGUCAAUCACAGGACUCCGAGACAAUGUUAUAAUCACCCUAAAAAACCAAGAGCCUAUUCCGGCAAAUUUUGUGGCAACGUGUGUUUUCUGGGACUUUGCAUUAAAUGAUGGAUCGGGUGGCUGGAGUUCAAAUGGCUGUUCUGUCCAAAAUAGCACGGACAGUGAGACAAUUUGUGGCUGCAACCAUUUAACCAGUUUUGCCAUCCUGCUGGACCUCUCCAGGCAGCCUAUAACCAGUCGUGUCCAGAGCACCAUCCUUACCUUUAUCACAUACAUUGGCUGUGGAAUCUCUGCUAUCUUCCUGGCUGUCACCAUCCUCACCUACUUGGCCUUUGGCAAGUUGCGCAAAGACAUCCCAUCCAAAAUCCUGAUCCAGCUGUGCUUUGCGCUGCUCCUGCUGAAUCUGGUCUUCCUGGUGGACGCCUGGCUGGCGCUCUACCCAGACGCCGUGGGCCUUUGCAUUUCCACUGCCUGGUUCCUUCACUACUUCUUGCUAGCUGCCUUCACAUGGAUGGGUCUCGAGGCCGUCCACAUGUACGUGGCACUUGUGAAAGUCUUCAACGUCAAUGUAUCGCACUACAUGCUGAAGUUCUCGCUGGCUGGAUGGGGUAUCCCGAUGAUCGUGGUCAUUAUUGUCAUUGCAAUUGACAAAAACAACUACGGUCUCAUUUCCUAUGGAAGGUUUAGUGAUGGCACUACUGAUGAGUUCUGCUGGCUGAAAAAUGACAUCGCCUUCUACGUGGCAGUGGUGGCCUAUUUCUGCGUCAUUUUUAUAUUUAACUUCAUCAUGUUUAUUGUAGUUAUGGUCCAGCUGUGCCGGAUAAAAAAACAAAACCCUCAAAAUCUCCAGCACCGCAGCACACUGCAGGAUGUGCGCAGUGUGUUGGGGAUAACCAUCCUGCUAGGCCUCACGUGGGGCUUUGCCUUUUUUGCCUGGGGGCCCGUUAACCUGGCGUUCAUGUACCUCUUUGCCAUCUGUAACUCCCUGCAAGGUUUCUUUAUAUUCGUGUUCCACUGUGCAGUGAAGGAAACCGUGAGGAGGCAGUGGAGGAUCUAUCUGUGCUGCGGCAAAAUGAGACUAUCUGAGAACUCAGAAUGGAGUCGCACUGCAACACAGAAGACGGCAAAGAAGUCAUCGCUGACCAACAACACAUCUCUUCAUUCCAGUACCUCACGUGGCAAUAACUCUUCCAGCUCCUCUUUCCUCAACAGUGACAUUUCAGAACAGAGUGAUGGGAUCGGUAGCCCAUAUGCAGACAGAGUAAUCACAGCAGAUGAAGACUCAAAUAUGGAUGUGGUCCUCAACGAGAUCAACAUGCGGCACAGACACUCACAAACUUCUUGAUAGUGGAGGGACAAAGCCGCCUCUCU